AUGAGACGUAGGCAGGUGCUUUCCCCUAAUGAGGCCCUUCUGGGACUACUGCUUGUGUUGUUGCUGGGGUUGCAUGUUCUAGCCGUGUGUCCCUCCAUGUGCUCCUGCAGCCGCAGCCACAGGGAGGUAGACUGCUCCUGGAGGGGUCUGAGACAGUUGCCAGAUGGCUUGCAGCACAACGUGCGCUCCCUCAACUUGUCCCACAACCGAUUUCACAACCUGGACGGCCAGCUCACCACGUACACCCAUCUCCGCAUCCUCGAUGUGUCCCACAACCGGCUGAGCCACCUGCCCACCAGCUUGCCUCGUUCCCUCUGGCAGCUCCACGCCGCCUCCAACCGCCUCCAGUUGCUGGACAAGAACGACACGGCCUACCAGUGGAAUCUGCGAAUGCUCGACCUCUCAAACAACAAGCUGGAGCGGGCCAUCUUCAUCAACAAUACACUGAUCAAUUUGUGUACCCUCAACCUAAGCCACAAUCAGUUCUGGACUUUGCCCACUAACAUGCCCAUGCACCUGGAGGCUAUUGACCUGUCCCACAACUUGCUCGUGAAGGUGCUGCCAGGUUCUCUGGACCGUCUUCCCAGGUUAACUCACUUCUACCUGCAUGCUAACCGCUUUUCCACACUGCCCUUUGGAGUGUUAGACAAGAUGGCAUCACUUAGAGUUAUCACUCUGAGCGACAACCCUUGGGCCUGUCACCUUUAUGCCGACAUCGCCUACUUAGUGUCCUGGACUCAGCACACCCCUGCCCGUGUCCUGGGCUGUCCCUGUCACACAGAGUCAGUCUGUGGAGGGGUGCGUCCUGGCAGGACUGGAGGGUGGCACUUUGCCUCCUACAACCUGCCCCCCCUGGCUGCGAGUGCCCAGGACCUGACCUCCACGCCCCCUGGGGCCAGCGUCACUGGAUGGUGGUACUUGUCUGUUUCUGCUUUGCUAAGCACCCCACACACCCCUGAGCAGACUCUGAGCACACAGCACCGUCCCUUCACAGCCACACCCAUCAGCAUCUCCACAUUUCUGCCCAGAAGCACAGCACACCUAACUAUUAAUCACCUUUCUGCAACUGCCGAUCACGCGAUCCACACUGGUUCUUCUCUCAUUUCUGGCACUAAAGAGGACUCACCCACUGACUCACUCCACACCACAGAUACUUCCUCUUCUUCUGGCACAAGCGUCAUUACCAGCACACCCAUCAGGGCUGACAUGACACUGGCCACAGACCGAUUCUUUACAACAGAGGGCCCCUCAGUCCAAACAAAGAAAACAACCACACUUCGCACCAGGAGUGUGAGGAGGCAGAAUCAAUCCCACCCUAAGGGCAUCAGCAGCAGUAGCCUGGCUCUUGCUACUUGUUCCUUGCUGCCUUUCCUUCACAACCUGGUGCUUCUGUGUCUCAUUCUGCAACAUGUCCUCUGA